UUUAAAAAUAUUUUCUUUUUUUGUUUUUUUAACAAAACCAUCUGUUUGAAAACUAAAAAGCUUUCAACGCCGCCGUUUCAAGGGUAAAUGGCAGUGAUUUGUCUGCAUCUCUCCGUCUCCCUUUCUGAAUUCCCGAAAGGGAAAGUUAGAGGGCAAGGGGCGGCGAGAAGAAUGAGCGGAGCGUCGACGGCAGCGUACUUGGCCCGACGAGCAGCGCAGAAGGAAAGGGUUCGGAUCCUCUACCGCCGUGCCCUCAAAGACACCCUCAACUGGGCCGUCCACCGCCACCUCUUCUAUCAAGAUGCAUCAGACCUGCGCGAGAGAUUCGAUGCCAACAAGCACGUGACUUGUAGUGUAUUCAAAGAUUUGGGUCUGUUUGGUGAUGUUGCAUUCUUCUUUGCUGGCAUGCGAGCUCUUCGCCGUGAAAGAGAGACAUUGAGCAAGCUGAUGCGCAGAAGAUUUUCAGAGGAAGAGAGAUUGCAACUGUACCAGAAGUGGGAUAUUGGAUUGAACUCGAAGCAACGAAGGUUGCAAUUAGUCAAUCAGUUGUGGACAGAUACAAAUAAUAUGGAACGCAUCAAGGAGAGUGCUACCAUUGUUGCAAAGCUGAUUAGGUUUGUAGAGCAGGGACAAGCCAUCAAGGAAAUGUUUGGCUUGAGCUUUACUCCCGCACGACCAAGGCGAAGAUCCUUUGGUUGGAAAAACAGCAUGGCUUCUCUUUUGUGACAUUGGUAAUGCCCAAAUACACGUAUAAAGCAACCAUAGGUAAUUUCUUUAAUUGGGUAGGCUACAGCAUUCCUUUCUGUGAUUGAAACUGUAACAGAUUGUGAUGAUGAUAGUGUGGUAUAAAUUCUGAAACUUCACCUGAUCAGGGCAGAAGCAAAAUCAGGCUUUGGUAUAAUUGCUUUGCCUUUCUGGUUUUGGGUGUAAAGGUUUGGUAUUGCUCCUUUGAUACCUGUUAUGUA